CCAUAUCAUCUGUCUUCUCCCAGUCAUUUUCUAUCACUUACCAACCCCCAUAUCUCCUCACUUCAUUAUCUUUCCUUUCAUUAUUAUUUCCUUUCCUUGCUUUUUUCCUUUCUCUUCCCGUUUUUUUCCCACUCCCAUCACUGUCAGAUUCUGUCAUCCUUAUUAUAUAGAUAUUUUUUUUAACCAAUCCAAUAAAUUUCAUUUCAGGAGUUGUCAAUUGCAAUCAUGUUGUACAAAUCUCCAUAUGCUUCCCAAGUCCGGCGGUUCUUGCAAGACCUGGACUUUGAGGUUCUGAAAAGCAUUGCAUCAACUGCGACAGAGAGAAAGAUCGAAGUAACUACAAAGAAAGAGGCAAUAGAUGUCAUCCUGCUUCACACGUCUGACCUGGAGCGUUUUUUUAGCUACCGGCGCCUAACGUCUGAUAUAUUCUAUAAGUACCUGUUCACCUUACAAAUGAAAGAUAGGAAAUCAGUUAUACCAAUGAAAUCAAGCAGAACAGAGAUGAUUUUCACUAUUAAAGAUUUAUGGGUGAAGUGUGUAAAGAGAAACAGACAGAAAAAGAGAAAAGGCAAGAAAAGAAAGAAUUUGCAAAAGUUACCUAUACUCACAGCCGACCAAAAGCAAAAUGAAAAUGACUCGGUUGACGAUAUAAAGCAUAUAGAAAUAAGUGUCUCUAUAGCCAGUCAGAGUGAAGUUUUCAAUCAAAAGGAAUCUGUGGAGAAUGGAGAGAGGAAAGAGCAUAAGGAUAAUUGUCCCACAAAAAAUAAAUGUAGGAGAAAUCUUAGGUCUGCCAGUCGUGCAGCAGGAAAAUUAACUUUGGGUUUAAAGGAGACUUUAAAGAAAACACGAGAAUCAGACCUUAAGUCAGAAUUGGUAGGGGAAUCAUCUGUUCAGCAGCCUAGUAAAGAUGUAGGUAAAGCACAAACACCAUUGAACAAUCGACAGACUGUAUAUGCAGUGGAAAGACCAGUGGAAAAUCGACAGACUGUAUAUGCAGUGGAAAGACCAGUGGAAAAAAAGAAUCCACCUGUGACUGAAAGAGCAGCUCCAAUUAAUGUUACAAAUAUUUUUCAUAAUAUAUCAGUUGGUGUACCAACAGAAAGCAAUUUUCGGUUUACAGUAGAAACAUCCAUCCCUAGCACAUCCAGUACUAGUAUGAGAUCAGAUAAAUUUGCUAAGGAUUUCUGCGAAUGGUUUUACAAAAUGAUGAACAAGUUGCAACCCAUCUGUGCCUACAAAGAAGGCGACGUCUUUGGUGAGCAAGUGUUUGUGGGAAAUAGCUCUGUUCAUAUUUUCAUGACGACCAAUGAGGUGGUGGAGAGAACAGGUACUAGUCAGUCUGGGGCGUACCAUUUGCUUAAAAAUACCCUGUUGGAAUUCGAGCUUCUCUUCUCCCCUAAUAUGGAAUCAGGGUUACAAAUAAUUCGGGGUGAACAUGGUACAGUCAAGGUUUUCUGCUGUGGAAACUUGCACAAGCAUAAUACCUUCAUAGGAAUUUAUGAACAGGAGUUUCAUCUGGUUUUGUGUCCAAUUGAUAGGCGUUGGAAAAUAUUGUGCACUAAACUAAAUCUGAAGCAUGCAACAGUUGCAACUCAGAUGCCUUCUUUACCUCCUUGUGAAAUAUUUGAAAUUAAAACUCCAUAAAAAUUCUUACAAACAAGAACUACAAAUCUUUGCUCCAUUAUGUAAAUAUCACAUAAUAAAUAGUUUAAAUUAGUAUAUAAAUAACUGUUUUGCCAAUAUUUGAAUUUACCCAAUAUUCAUAACCAUGUAUUGCAACCAGAAAUUUGACUUUUACAGAUAUAUUUGACAAUGGUUUUGCUCUCUCUCUCUCUCUCUCUCUCUCUCUCUCUCUCUCUCU